AAAGGGUCAUUGUUUUUGUCAACAUAUAUAUUUGAGAUUUAUGAUACAUAUAUAAUGUUUUUUCACUAUUUCUGGUUCACUAUUUGACGGUUUAAAGUCCAAAACAAAUUGUUCCGUCCUUUUUGGUUCACUAUUUUUCAACGAUCCGAUCUAUUUUCCGAGCACGGUUUUCAUUGUAUCUACUCUUUCACUUUUUGAAGGCAAAACGGUGCAGUUUCUCCCCAAAACAUCCUAACUGGUUUUUUUAGUUUUCUCCGUCUUCGUUCGACAAGCGCCCAUCGCAUCCCUGUUUGUGCAAAGCUGACAUGGAGGAGGAGAACGAGAGGAACGGCGCGGAAGAAUCUAUGCAGCUGGAGGACGACGACGGCCCACCGCCAGGGUGGCAAUCGAUCCCUCCUCCGCCAGAUCCAUCGGAGGAGAAACCUACUUCACCUCCCCCACUCCCUCCACCGCCGUCUCCGCCGCCGCCAACCACCGCGCCGACGGCACCUAUACUCCAGCCACCACAUUCAGAAUUGUUUUUGGGGACUGUGGGAGAUGCAGAGAUUGCUCAGAUGGUCUGUGGUUCGUGCCAACGCCUUCUAGCCUAUCAAAAAGGGGCCAAGCACGUGAAAUGCGGCUGUUGCGACUCUCUCAAUUUUGUGCUGGAAGCUCACGAAGUUGGGCUUGUUAAUUGUGGAUACUGCCCUGUGCUGCUUAUGUACCAGUAUGGAUCUUCGGCGGUUCGCUGCUCCUCCUGCCAGAACGUAACAGCAAUCGGAGAACACAACCAACGCCCGCCAUGGUCUGUAAUACAAGGAUACCCUCCUGCCUCGCCUUCCCCUAAUCCUGUUCGCUGACAAAGCCUCAAGGUCUCUGCAACAUCCUGAAAACUGUCUUGGUCAGGACUCAGAAGGAAGGGUGAAAGACUCUCCUAGUGGUUUUGUGUAGGCUGCUUCUAUGACCAAAUUCAGAGAUGUUAUGAAUGCUUAUUGGGAUUUCUCCCAGAUGUUCAGCUUAGAGAUCUACAUCCUUAUCUUGUUCUUUUGCCUCUAGUGAUGAGCUGGCGCUAUAUAUCUAUACCUGAAGGUUCAGUCUCUCUGGAAAUUAAACUUCCUGGUGUUGGCUAGAGUUGAGUAUUGUGGGCGCGUCAAAUCGAUAUCUCCCAGGAACAAGAUAAGAGAUGCUUAUGCUGGCUGUCUAAAACUAUAGCUUCUCCUGGUCUUCUUCAAAUCUGGACAAGGUAUCUGCCAACCCAGUGAAGAAGCAAAAGGUUACUAGAAAACAGCGACAGGCCAUGGAAAGGGAACUGGGAAGAAAAUGGCAGCGGGAAGAAUACCUUGCAGUGACUGCAUGCGAGCUGCUUUCUCCUUGGCAAACUUCGCAAGGGUGUCCUGAAUCUUGGCAGACUCGCUCUUGCCGUACAUAAUUGCAAUUAAUCGGGCUCUCGGUAUUAAUUGUGCAUAGCCAAACCGGCG